ACUCCCUGAAUGCCAGUAAGGGGGCAUCGGGAUAUACAGAGAGAUGUCUUUCGUGAAGAGAAGCAGUGCAGGAGGUAUCUGUAAUACAUGUCCAUCAACGUCUCAUCCAUGUGCAAGGUAUUGAUGACAGAUUUGUGCCUGGAAUUUCACAAAAUAUUUUGAGCUGGAUUAACUUGUUGGCCUAAUAAGUUGUCAAAGCCGUAAUGCCAAUACUGCCAAGAGUAAUGCAAUGAAACAAUCUUCUGAAAGUUACCAGUUUCUAAUAACUAUUAGUCCACAACAUUCAGCUAAUUGAAAAUUUAACUUUCUUUUUCAAUGGGACGUGGGCAUCGCUGGCUGGGCCAACAUUUAUUGCCCACCGUUAGUUGCCUUGAGAAGGUGAUGAGGAAAAAAAAGCUGCAAAUAUUUUUUCCUAUUACUGUAUUCCUCGUAAACUUGCAUUUAAAAUCAAACAAAGGAAAGAUCGAAUCAAGGUAAACCAACACAUCACAAAUAUCUUAAUCAUUUAUAUAGCGUUGACGUGAAUAUAGAAUGUCUAAAAGUAUUUUACAAUUUUUUUCGCUAUUAUGUUGUAGGAAACACAGUAGCCAAUUUAUGCAGAGGAAACUCUUAAAAAUCACAAUGUAAUAAUGAAUAGAUUAUUCAUACUUUGUUGUGUUAAUUCUGAGGGAUAAAUAGUGGUCAGGAUGGCUGAACAACUCCCCUGCUGUGUUUCGAACUCGUGCCGCGGGAUCUUUUCCAUUUUUUGCUAACAGGUAGUUGGGAUCUUAACAUCUCAUCUGAAAGUAUACAAAACUGACAGUUUAUUCUUCCCUCAGUAUUCUGCUGCAAUUUCAACCUUGAUUUUUGUGUCUUGGACACAGAACUCCAAGACGUAGAGGCAAGAAUGCCAACUUUCUACAGAUAUCGGAAUUGUCUUGUACAAACCAUGAAUAUGGUGUUAGCCGAAAAAAUUCUAAAUAAGACACACUCCGUUGUAAUUCCAGCAACCAAAACUUCAGCCAAUUCCAGUGAAAUAUUAGCCACACUAUCAAUAGGCACUGGAAGGCAUUUUGGAGUCAAUGGUCAGGACCAGACAAAAAUAAAUAACUCCACGUACCAGGAAAUUACAACAGGGGAAAUCAUCGCGGUCACCUUUAUUUUUGGAGUGAUCUGGCUUAUUGCUUUGUUUGGGAACUCUCUCGUUUGCCUUGUAAUCCACAGAAGUAGGAGGACACAAUCAACUACCAACUACUUUGUAGUGUCCAUGGCAUGUGCAGAUUUGCUCAUCAGUGUGGUCAGCACUCCUUUUGUUCUUCUGCACUUUACCACCGGGAAGUGGUUGUUAGGGGAUGUUAUGUGUAAACUAGUUAGGUACAUUCAGUACCUUACUCCAGGUGUCCAGAUCUAUGUCCUUCUCUCCAUCUGCGUGGACAGAUUUUACACUAUUGUGUAUCCUCUCAGUUUCAAAGUGUCCCGGGAGAAAGCCAAAAAGAUGAUUGCUGCUUCCUGGAUUUUUGAUGCUGCAUUUGUGUCCCCUACUUUGUUUUUCUAUGGCACAGAAGGUGGCACCUGUAAUUUGUUUCUACCCCAGACCUGGAGUGGUGUUGCCUAUGGCACUGUUCAUCUGUUGGUGGGAUUUCUGAUUCCUUCUGUCCUCAUCAUACUGUUUUACCAAAAAGUAAUCAAAUACAUUUGGAGAAUUGGCACAGAUGGGAGGACUGUAAGGAGGACAAUGAACAUUGUACCCAGAACGAAGGUUAAAACAAUCAAGAUGUUUUUGCUGUUAAAUUGCAUGUUUUUGUUGUCUUGGUUUCCAUUUUAUGUGGUUCAGAUCUGGCAACCAGAUCAGAUGGAUUACACAAGGUGUUCAGCACUGUUUCUAUCUAUUGCACUGGUGUCUUUCAGCUCUUCAGCAUCUAAGCCCAGCCUCUAUUCAAUCUUCAAUGCUAACUUCAGACGUGGAAUGAAGGAGACUUUCUGCAUGUCAUCAAUGAAGUGUUACCGUAGUAAUGCAUACACCAUCACAACUAGUUCCAGAAUGGCAAAAAAGAACUAUAUUGGGAUCACAGAGAUUCCUGCACCCACCAAAAAUGCAACCAAAGAUACAAUAUAUGAAACAUUUGACAGAGAAGCAAGAGAGAAAAAGCUUGCAUGGCCUAUAAAUUCAAACCCUCCAAAUACAUUUGUGUAAUCAAUAUAAUUCUUUUCAUGUUUCCACUGCACCACUGGAAAUGUGUUUAUCCUUAAAUUCAUAAAUGACAAGGAGGUAACUGAUCCUUACUGAAAAUCAUCCCAAUUCAAAUUUUCCAUCAGAGUGUCCAAAAGUAAUUCUAAAAAACUGUUUUAAAAAUAAUUACAAGUUUGUAAGAGGCCAUUUAUUGCACACAAUGCUGAAACUCCACUGUGAUUGUAUCAAAUAUUUAAAAUAAAUUAUAAUAUUUCUUUAACUUA